CAGAGCUCUCAACACUCUCACUCGUGUGAAGACGGUCAAACCACAGGGCAAGAGAAUGCCAUUAUAGGAUCCUCUAUACAAACUUUAAGCACAAUUAUGGCCUUUGAAAAGCCACAUGGGAUCUUUGGAAAGGUCACCACUGUUUUUGCAACCAAGGUCAAGUCUUUCAGCUUUCUGCCACAUUUGAAAAGAAUGCCUUUUGAGAACAAGGUUACACCAAACUGGAAGACGAGUCUUCAGUCAAGUGGAGCAAACAAGUGUCAGACUUCACGAGAGCCAGGGGAUUCUGAAGAGAGCAUGACUAAUAGGGGUGUCUACAAGGCUGAGGUGAUUUUUAUCCAAGACCAUGAGGAGGAAAAGAUUGGAGAAACAUUCAAGAUGACCACUCAAAAUGAGAAACAGUCUGCUGACACUUUAGCCUUUAACUCACUCUCAACUCUAGCUGGACCUCAUGUUGAAUCUGGUUGCACAAGUCCCAAUCCUAGCCCUGUCACCGUUGAAACCAUUUAUAACAAACAACCCAACCUUUCUCAUCUAGCCUUUCACAACAUUUCAGUGGGUGCUGAGGUCAGCUCGUGUCUGUUUUUAAAAAGCCCACCCCAGAGAGAGGAGGUCUUAAGCCCUGCCAGCUCUAUUGAUUUCAUGACCUCCCCUGCUUCUUCUAAAGAGUCUAUUUUCUCUGAGAGCUGGGACAAGGAGAGGAGCUGGUCAGCUCUUCACAUGUUGUCACCCAAUGGUUAUCCCGACCUUAGUCAAACUGUCUCCCCGUGUUCUUCCAUAAGAUCAGGAGCCUUCACUCCCUCAGUGGUGAGAAUUAAGAGACAUUCCCUGGCUCCAGGUUACAGUCUGCUGCAGAUGUCGCCGACUUGCGAAACACCCGGUUGUGACAGUCGGGGGACAUCACCUUGUCCCCUCUCGCCCCGUGCUAGACACAGACCCCCACCAACUCAGCUAUCCCUGCUAACUGCCAUCCUCCGGAAAGGUCGUCUACCUGUCCUGUCCUCUGCUUUACAGAGACCUUACACUCCAUGUUGGCCCAUUACUUCAGUUAGCAUGACUUCCUGUUUAGCAUGUUCAGCUGCAUCUAUGGUUUCACUCAUGAGCAAGUCUAAAGCAAAGUCUUGUUCCUCUAUAGACAGGCCCUGUAGGGAGUCUUGCCAGGAUUCAGAACAACAGCCUCUGAAACGAGAACAAAAUGCUCUGGCAAUAUCAUUUUUAAGCAAUGCAUGUGACAAAGCACAACUGAUGACACCAGAAAUAUUUGACUCCGGUAGACAUGAUACCAGUAAUAGAAGCAUUGCCUUACCUACAAAACACAGCCCUUUGACUUUACCAAACUUACCUACAGUCCUGGCCGCCCCUGCUUAUUUGUCUAAAACAGGUCAUAAGGACAGUAGUUUGUCUACAACUGCUAGCCCUCCUUCUCGUACCUCCUUCUCCGACAUAAGGUCCAUGUACCCUAUAUCAAACACAUUGUCCUGUUGCAACUCUAAAAAAGACACAUUAGUUUUGUAUGAUUCUGUGGAUCCCCGGUCUUGGGCAUCAUUAAUUCUCAAUGAUAAACUAAAAUCACAAAAAUGUUCUGAAAAAGAUUCAUCAGCCCUAAAACAGGGGCAACAGUCAUCUGAUUUCUCUGCUAGAGUGGAUAUAAGAAGUCCAUCCGAUCAUUUAGCCUAUUUACCUAAACCUCCACAGAGUUCAUAUAUAUCUUCCUCCUUAACUUCUCCGUUAUCACGUGAAUCACAUGACAACACUUCAUCCCUGUUUUUAAGCCAUAUAACAAACAAACAAGAUACCCCUUUUCAAAAUGGCAGCAAACAUAACACUGAAAGAGUACACCUGUCAUCACCAUCUUCUCCCUCUUCAAGACCCUUAGGUCUCACCUGUUUGUCCUAUACACCUCCAGUCUCUCCUGGUUGUCCCUCUGUCCAAUCGCACCUGUGGUUCUCUACCACAGAGUGUUGCACCCCAUCCCCAGCAGCUCCAAGCAGUCAGCUCUCCCUCUCACCGUCAUACUCUCUCUGUUCAUCACCCUCUCCUUCUUUAUGGGGCAGCAUCCAUGACUGCACAGACGGUAAAAAUAAAAAGACAUACAGGAUAAAAUCGAUUUACAAGGCAAUCGCUGCUAUUCCCACAAAUACAAUACUUCUCGAACAGCAGGCUAUGGAUGAUGGGGUCAGCAAGAAUGAGGCUUUGCAAAGACCAGACAGCUGUUUUGCAUGGGAGGACCCGCAUUCAGAGAUGUGCUCUCCUGCUCAGCUGCGUCAACAGUCAGAAGAACUGUACGCCACCAUCGAUGAAGUUCUGGAAGACCCGAUCCAAAGACAUGUGAACAAAGCCACAGCGAAGACUUCAGCAGCAGAGGCACCAGGGUCUGAAUUUCCAAAGCCACGGAAUUCAUCAUCUCCAUCUCCAAAACUAUUUGGACAAGAAACAAAAUAUGUACCCAGCACCAUUUUUGGUGCUUAAAGACUGAGCAGAUAAUUUGAAAAAUGCUUACGUUUGCCUGCUAGCAGUGCAAUCAAAUGAUCCCUCCCUCUCGCGACGCAUUUUGACAUGACAGGCUAAAUAUGUUACAUGUUUAGCCGAGCUUCGCAUAACUGCUUCCCCUAAAGAGGAGUCACGGAUCGCCACUGGUGAGAAAACAUUACAGUACAAAGUAAAUUACAUUACUACAAUAACCAACAUCUCCAGGUACCGGGUCUCUGUCCUGCAUUAUGAUUCGAAAUACGCUGAUUAAAAAUUCGCACAAGACGUAUCAUUGCCCUCGGAUCGAGGGCAGUAAUUGGUCCAACAUUUUUUGACCCUACGCCUUUUGUCACGGUACGUAAAUGACUGAACCCAACUUCAGGCAAUGAAGGGGUAAACAAAGGUACUUUAUUAAUAAAGAACACAAAACAAAACCCCACUUGGGGUUAAACAAUAAUAAAAAGGGAUAAAUAGACAAGUAAACAAGAAUGGGGACUAACUGACACUAGACUAGAAUUUAUGUAACUCAAGGACAAGAAACAAGACACAAUGUGUUCAAUAAAGAUCACUCUCUAGCGCUGGGACAAAGCGUAGAAACAACAAACAUCAGUCAUAUGAACCAGACUGAGAACAAAACAAACGAGCACAGGACAGAGAAUACAAGGGCAUUAAAUAGGGAGACGAACAAGGGAUAAUUAACAAUAGGCAGGUGUGGGUAAUGAAACACUGAAGGGAAGCUAACAAGUAAACGAGAGGGGUGAGGCCAUAGACGAGACACACGAAAAAGUACAUGGCAUGCCAAUAUAUAAACACAGCCAUGUCUAUCUCACACUAAACACGUGAUACUAUCAUGGUUCUACCCCAAGGCUGGAAAAGCCUGAACAGAAGUGGCAAAACCAUGACACCUUUCACAGAAGAUAUAUAAUAAUAAAAAUACCAAUGUUUCGCUUUACUUAUUGAUUGCUAUCAGGAUGUUAAGAGACUUCCAACCAGCAUGACAAAAAACUUUUCUGGACAGGAUUGCCUACCCGGCUUUAACAUCUACGGAUUGUGUACCUAAGGGUAUUUUAAAAGUUUUGUUUCCAUAGCAUUAUCUGUACCUUUAAAGGUACAGAGCAGGUCUUACUGAGCAGGCUACUUACUGGACCGAAAACUGCAAUGCGUAACAACCAAGAAUACUGCUUAACGAUUGACGGAUGCUCCAUAAAAUCCUCGUCAUCAGCUAAGAAUCUUGGUGUUGUAUUCGAUAGUGCUCUGUCAUUUGAAAGCCAUGUCGCCAACACCUGUAAAAUUGCAUUUUUCCAUUUUAAGAAUAUAUCUAAAUUACGUCAUAUGCUGUCACUGUCAGAUGCAUAGAAAUUAAUUCAUGCAUUCAUGACAUCAAGACUAGAUUACUGUAAUGCACUUCUAGGUGGUUGCCCUGCGGGCCUAUUACAAAAACUGCAACUGGUUCAAAACGCGGCAGCUCGAGUUCUUACACGUACAAAAAAGUAUGAGCAUAUAACCCUGGUUCUGUUAACCUUGCACUGGUUACCUAUAAAGCAUAGCAUUAACUUUAAGAUCAUGCUUAUUACCUAUAAAGCCCUACAUGGUCUAGCGCCGCAGUAUUUGAAUGAACUUCUAUUGUAUUACAGACCUCCACGUACAUUACGCUCUCAGGCGUCCUGUCAGUUGGUAAUAGCUAGAAUUUCAAAAUCGAGUGCAGGUGGUAGAUCCUUUUCUUAUCUAGCGCCUAAACUUUGGAAUAUUCUUCCCUGCACGGUCCGGGAGGCAGACACACUCUGUCAGUUUAAAUCUAGACUAAAGACUCAUCUUUUUAAUCUUGCAUACACUAUACCUCCAUAAUAUUAAUCCUCAGAGGAUUUAGGCUGCAUUAUUUAGAUCAACCGGAACCAGGAACACAUCCAACAACAAAUGAUGUACUUGUUGCAUCAAAGAGUGCAGAACAGUACUCUACUCUCAGCCAGUCUUGUCUCUUUGUUCCAAGGUUACUGCAGGAUGCAGUUCAUGCCCAGACCUGAUGGCAGAGCUGAGAAUGGGAAGCGGUGACCUGAAAAGAGCUAAGAGGAUAGAGCUGGAUAAAGGACGCGACAACUUUGUUUUUCCUACAACAUUUAAA